CCGAAAAAUUUUCAAGUGAAUUACGUCGAGAUUGUACCCGACAUUUCCUUGGGCUUCCGCCAUUAGCUAUAGAGCUGACGUACUCAAAGAUCCGGCGAAGAACCCACAAUUUUCCGACAUUCCCCGUUCUUCUGAAACUCCAAUUUCGUCCUCUCCAAAGAACAUAUCCCGUCAAAUUCUUUCCAGAAAAUGCAAUCCAAAGACUCUAAAUCCCCAGAAUUACCUGUCCCUUCGCCUAAUUUCCACGCUCCGAACAAUUUCCCGCCACCGACUCAUCGUCCCACCCCGUCGCCCAAUAUUCCGGUCAACAACCGACCUAGUCAAUCCAUAAUCCUCUCUCCGGUCCCUCAGCCUCAAAGAGUCUCUGUCGUCUCUCCCCCUUACCAUUUCCAAGCUCCUUCUAAAAGAAUCCAUUCUCCCGAUGAUAUACGCCAAUUCCACGAUUCCGAAUCCGGAAGAAAUUUUCUUGGUUUCAUAGUUGCUCUUUCCGAAUCAACUCGAGGUCGGAAAAUUUCUGAUCCUUGCUACCAAUCUGACACCGUUAAUUCCAUUGUCUCUAUUCUUGAUACUCUGAUUCAAUGGAUCGACGAUAUUCCACCGGCGCGUAUGGCGUCUCGAUAUGGAAACCUUUCUUAUCGGAUAUGGCAUGCGCAGAUGGUGGAAAACAGCGAUUCUCUUAUGCUUCGAUUUCUCCCCGAGGAUCUUCAUUCAGCCACCGUGGAAAUUGUGCCCUAUUUCACUGAUAGCUUCGGGAAUUCGAGCCGAAUCGACUAUGGUACUGGGCACGAGACAAAUUUCGCAGCCUGGUUGUAUUGCUUGGCUAAAUUGGGGACAAUCAAAGAGGAGGAUUACCCUGCUGUUGUAGUUAGGGUUUUCGUGAAGUACCUUGAUUUAAUGAGGAAAUUGCAAUUGGUUUAUUGUUUAGAGCCUGCGGGUUCCCAUGGUGUUUGGGGCCUUGAUGAUUACCAUUUCUUGUCGUACAUUUUUGGAUCAUCACAGUUGAUAGAUCAUAAGUAUCUGAAACCUAAAUCCAUUCAUAGUCAGGAUAUACUAGACAAUUUCUCCAACGAGUAUCUUUAUCUCUCGUGUAUUUCUUUUAUAAAGAAGGUGAAGAAGGGUCCAUUUUCAGAGCAUUCGCCAUUGCUUGACGAUAUUAGUGGGGUGCCUAAUUGGAACAAGGUCAAUAGUGGGUUGCUGAAGAUGUAUAAGGUGGAAGUAUUAGAGAAAGUACCCAUUAUGCAGCAUUUUCUCUUUGGAUGGCUCAUCAAAUGAUGUGACUGCGAGGAUCUAUCUAGCCAUUUAAGUUUUUUUGCAGGAACUAGAUAGAAGAGCUCGGUGUUAAAUUUACAAAGGAAUCUUCUCUGAUGUAUGUAGAAAUUUGCUUCUUAUUACGAGCUUUCAACGUCUGGUUAUGAAGAAGAAAGCUUUUUUCUCCCCCUGGUUUGCUUCUUUUUGUGGGCUUUCUUUUCUUGUUUCCAAAAUUAGGCCCAAUCAAGGAGAGGAGGGGGAUCCAUGGUUUCACGAGUGUGAAGCAUUAUUAUUUAAUAUUCUAUAGAAGUCGUAUAAAAUGUCACGUCGCUGGGCUCAGGAAAAUAAUGGAAUAAAAAGGACCUGCCUUGUCUGUUUCCUCCUCUCUUUUUUAUUUCCUGAAUAAAGUAUAGAGAAGAGAACCAAACGGACGGUUUAUAACAGUGCUUCAAAGGAAGGAUGAAAUGGGUGUGGAUGAGGCUGAUGAAUGGUGAUAAGGCUGUGGUGGAAUGUAAUAAAUUAUGAACUAAAUUUGUGUCUUGUCCUUGGUUUACUUAGUACCAUAAUUCAGUGUGAUUAGGGAAAUAUACUUGUCUUUUUAUGUGCAUUUGAGUAUCUGAAAUUUUGUACCAUAAAUUUCUCAGAAGUUUCUAAUUUCAAGCAAAUUUUCGCUCUUCA